AUGACCCCAGAAAGUGUGGAAAAAACGGCUUUUCGAACACAUGAUGGCCAUUACGAAUACCUCGUAAUGCCAUUCGGACUCACCAACGCUCCUGCAAUGUUUCAAGCCAUCAUGAAUGAUAUUUUUCGUCCAUAUUUACGUAAGUGUGUAGUCGUGUUUUUUGAUGAUAUUUUGGUGUAUAGUCCAACAUGGAAACAACACAUUUGUGAUCUUUCUUUGGUAUUACAUGUUUUGAUGACUAAUCGCUUUGUGGUGAAUCAAGAGAAAUGCUCAUUCGGUCAAUCAUCAGUGGAGUAUUUAGGCCAUAUUAUUGAUGGGAAGGGAGUCUCGAUAGAUCUUAAAAAGGUCCAAGCAGUUUUGGAUUGGCCAACUCCAAAACAAGUUAAAGGAGUUCGUGGGUUUCUUGGACUAAGCAGUUAUUACCGAAAAUUUGUUCGGAAUUAUGGAUCGAUUGCUAAACCAUUGACCGAACUUACAAAAAAAGAUAAUUUCCAUUGGAAUGAAGUGACACAACAGUCUUUUGAUCUCCUUAAGACUGCCAUCACGACGGCUCCCGUGUUGGCUUUUCCAAAUUUUUCAGUUCCUUUUGUAGUGGAGUGUGAUGCUUCGGGUUGUGGCAUCGGGGCUGUUUUAAUGUAACAGCAGCGUC